AUGUAUGAUAUCAUUUGGUUACAAGGACACCCAGCUAUCGCAGCCAUACAUUAUUAUCAACACCUGAAGGAUACACACGUCUUUUAUUGUCCAGACGAUGGCAACCACCCAAUGCCCAUUCGCGCAUUGGCUCGCGACAUUCUGACAGUAUACGAUUCAAAUAACAAGAGUCUCGCCGUUCACUUUAUGCAUCCUUGUGGCGACAAGAGACUGGAUCAAGUCAUGCUAUUCAUCAACAAGAUACGUGCAGAGCUGCGUAUGGCGUGCUAUGAGCUCCCUACUUCAAAGCUUCAGAUCAACCUUUUACUUGGAUGGAGCAUGUCUAUAUACCAUCAGCAUAAUACAACAGCCGAGCAGUGGAUGCGGCGAUGCCUUGUUCCGUACGAUCCAGCAGCAUCACAGGCACCUUCUUCUUGUACGAUCCAUUGUGUUACAGAUGAUGCCAACAAGCUCUUUUGCAUAAGCGAUACCCCUUUUAUCAAGCAGGCGCUCUUUGUGAACAUCACUCUGUCCCUGUGCGACCAAGCACCAUCAAUAGAACAUGGCAUAGUAUUGACAACCGAUGCAAAGGCGGCUAUCCAAGGUUGGUCGGAUGCAAUGGCAUCAUUAUCGAUAGCUGGUACCCUAAUUUUCUUUGUCGAUGAAAAACUUCUUUUUCGUCAAGUGGUCGUGAAUGAAACAAGCAAAAGCAAACAGGAAGGAUUAUUGACGAGGCUUCGAAAAGCAACCUAUGAGCGAUUACAAGAGAUGAAUGCAGCGUGCCCUAUAUACAUGUAUUCUCGGGAUUACUGUGAUGCGCAUCAUGAAGAGCUCAUUGAUCAAAUUACAUGUAUGCAGCAUCGUCAUCAUUUGGAUUUGUCUCGCUCUCUUUGUUUGCAUUUCUCUCGACAAGAAGCUCGCAAGGUGGAAGAUCAUCCUUACUUAUCGAGUAUCCAAAAUGUAUACCUGAAUGAGGAGAAAUCCAAGAAUCGUUCCCGGUGGGAAGGUGACUUUUCUACUAUGAUCCAAGCCGACAAAGCAAGUAGUGAAGGUGAUACGUUAUCUUUAAAAUCUCCAUCCCUGCUGGAUUUACCUCCAGAGAUAACGUCUGACUCCCUGGUGCCGUUGGUGAAGCAUUUGAAAAAUGAGGAGCUUACCACGACUGAGCAUUUUGAAGAGAGAUUGACGCAUAGUGUAUCUGCAUCGAAUGCAUCAACCUAUGAGAAGUGGAAAUUAUGCAUGGAGGCAGCUAUCCCUGUUGGGGAUCCUAUACAGAGUGAUACCAUCAUGAAAGAAGCGAUCCACAAUGGCGACAAGGACACCACCACUUCACCAUUAUCACCACCAAAAGAGCCGGAGCAGCAUGAAGGGAUCCAAGAACCGUAUCAUGGUGAUCCAGUGGAUUUGAUGGAGUCGUUUUCAUAUGCGCUCAAAGAUGAUAUGAUCGUAAAGUACAUUGACAACCAAGGUGCCUACAAGCGUGGUGGAUCUAUCCUUGACUCUCUUGACCAAACUGAAUUCUCUGGCAACGAAGAGAAGAUCACGUUAUUUACCAAGGCGAAAGGAACAGCAGCUGAGCCAUACAAUGUGCAUAUCACGUUGGAAAAGCCAAGUGGUGGCAAUAUUGUUAUAUCGGGUGGAGUGUGCUCAUGUCCCGUUGGCAAAGGAGGAAAAUGCAAGCAUUGUGUCGCGACGCUAAAAAUGUUCAUGAUCAACGGUGAUGAUUUUGAUUAUGCGCCUACCAGAAAACCACCACCAUCUACAACAACAAAUGAUACCAAUCCCCCCUCCAAGGCCAAGGCGGCAAUAUCCAAGGACACCGCUGUAUCUGAAAAACAGCCAAAUGUUACAACAGCUACACUAGCACCAGCACCACAACCACCACAACCAUCAUCGACAAGUAUCACCACUCAGCCAUCAUCCUCAUCCUCAACUUCAAGGCCACCGCGACGACGACGAUCACUUCCCUGGUCAGAUGCCUUGGAUGAACAGCCAAAAGCAAAAACUCGACGAAAGGUGAAUACUGAGGAUGAUGACAAGAAGAAGCCAAAGAAAGCAACCACCACCACCAAAGCACGACAAAAGAAAAAGAUGGAUGAAGAUGAAAGUACAUCUGCCAGCACCAGCACAGCGCCCAAAAGAGCAACAACGACGCGAGGGAAAAAGAAGACAACAGUGGAUGCUAUGGAUGAUGAAUUUGGUGUUGAUAUGUCCAUUGAUGUGCCCAAAAGAGCAACCACCACCAGAAGGAAAAAGAAAACAACAGUGGAUGCUAUGGAUGAUGAAUUUGGUGCUGAUACGUCAUCUAUCGUGGAUACACCAAAGCCAAAAACAACAACCACCAGAAGGAAAAAGAAAGCGACCGUGGAUGUUAUGGAUGAUGAAUUUGGUAUCGAUACUUUAUCCAGCAUGGAUAUGCCAACAACCACCACCAGGCGAAAAACACCAUCGAGAAGAGCCAAAGUGGAUAAGCAGCAGGAUGUUGCCAUGUCGACAAGUGACACUAGUGAAAAAGAAGACGACGAUGUAGAACCCAAGAAAUCAGUGGUGGAUUUGAUGGAUUCAGAAUUCGGCCUUGGAAUGCCAGCAAUGGAAAAGACGCCUACACGAGAACGAUCACUCUCACCACAAAUAUCAUCAUCUCUUGAACCUCCUCCUUCACGUUCCUCCACGCCCAUCAUCAUGUUCAAAAAAUCACCUUUGAAGAACGAUCAAGUAGAUGACGAUGAUGAUAGUGAUGCCACACAAGAUGGUUUAGAUCUCAUGAUGAAUGAUGAUGAUGAAGACAUUAGUUCGCCAUUUCAAAAUCAUGGUAGCAAGAGUUACAACAUGUCCUUGGAUAUACCUAUUACCACCACUCGAAGCAACAGCAGUAGUGACAUGUCAUUGGAUAUACCUGCCACCACCACCACCACCACCACCACCAGGCAUAGUAGCAACAAGCCUUCAGACAAGGAAAAAGACACCAUUAUGAUCCAUAGCAGUGAUGAUGAUGAACGAGAUAAAGUCGAUGAUUUAUUCGAUGAAAUUGGCUUAUAG